GGUGGUCUGCGGGGUUCUCGCUUCUAGAGGAAGCUUCUGUACCAGUUCCGGUUCUGGUACUUUCGACGGGAGCUUAAUAAAGAUCUUGGGGGACAGCUGACGACUACUUAAGCGGACAAAUAACCUCCAUACAUGCGCGUUUGUCUUUUGCGCUUUCGGUUUUUCCCUCAGUUUUGUUUUUGUAUAGGCUAACGUUACUGGUUAAACGUUAAUGCAUUAUAUCAUUAAUAUUUAAACAACUUGAUCCACCCAGCAAAUCAGCUGAGCUUCUGCUGCAUAUGUUUAUGCUUUGUCAAUCUCUGCGCUACUUUAGUAUCCGGAGAUUAUCAGAGUAUCUCAGUAGUGUGUCAUAAAAAUUCUGUCAUGGCCAAAUGGGGAGAAGGGGACCCGCGCUGGAUUGUGGAAGAAAGAGCAGACGCAACAAAUGUCAAUAAUUGGCACUGGACAGAGAGAGAUGUCACAAGCUGGUCCCAAGAUGCAAUAAAUGGCCUCCUACUGGGGAUUCGUGUAGAGGGUGAAGAAGGCACAUGCGAGAUCACAGAUGUCAGCAAUAUAGAUGGUGAAGCCUCUAUAAACAACCGCAAAGGCAAACUCAUCUACUUCUAUGAGUGGGUUGUGAAGGCCUCAUGGACUGGUACAAAUAAAAUUGGAAUCAAAUAUAAGGGCAUUGUAGAAAUACCAAAUCUUUCUGAUGAAAACGAUAUGGAUGACUUAGAUAUCAGUGUUACACUAUGUAAAGAUCAGCCAAGCACACCGCUCACUGAUCUCAUGAGGAGAGAGGGAGUCAAGAAAAUCAGAAUGGCACUAGGCAACUAUGUGAAACAUCUCAAAACAGAGUUCGCUCAGGGUAUGAUUUUACCAACAGAAAAUGCACUAUACCAACAGAAUCAGGAGGCACAGGCCAAGGUCAAACUGGACAAAACACAGAUUGGGUCCUCCAGCACAGCUAACGCUCCCAGCACUGGAGUCAAAAUUGCAACAGUGUCUUUCAGUCUGAAAGACACAUUCCUUACAUCACCAGAAGAGUUGUACAGGAUUUUCGUAACCCAAGAGAUGGUGCAGGCAUUUACACACCUCGCUGCUUUUGUAGAUGGGCGCUGUGGUGGCAAAUUCAGGCUGCUGGAAGGAAAUGUUCAUGGACAGUUUGCAGAACUGAUUCAAGAUAAGAAAAUCGCCAUGAGAUGGAGGUUUGCUAGUUGGCCAGCAGGGCAUGCAGCGACUGUCAUUUUAAACUUUGUAAAUCAAGGCAGUGAGACAGAGCUGAUUCUGGAGGCCAGAGGAGUUCCCAGCAACGAGGAGGAAAGGAUGAAAGAGGGCUGGCAGAGAUACUACUUUAAUGCCAUUAAACAGACAUUUGGUUUUGGAGCACUGCUCUACUAAGCCAAAACGUGUGCCAUGCCAGAAACUCAGGACAUAACAGAGUGAUGCACCGGCGACAUUACAAUCCAGAAAAUUCCCUCUAGUGGCAGAUUUUUCUGUUUUUUUUCCCAGGUUUUUUUAAUGUGCUUUUCCUUAAUUCAUGAGUAAAAUAAGAUCUGUGGUGGCAAGGUUGUCAAAGUCACGGCUGUUACUCCCCAAACAAUCAUAUUAAAAAUGACAUCUGUGAACAGGAAUGCCUUGUUUGCACCAGUUAGUUGCUGGAUCCCUACAAACACCUGUACCUUCUCAGUGAAAAAAUGUGCCUUCUUUUUGUAUUUGGUAUUGCAUUGCAGUAUUUGAAUGUAAUAUGUAAAUUUGAAAGUUAUGUCUGGGCAUUCCAGAUAUAAAUAAUGAGCGUAGUGAAAAUGUGUUAAAUGUGAAAAUAAAUGGUUUCAUCAUGUUAAAUUUAAAUAAAUUGUUAAAACGUGUUAAAACUGUGUUACAAUAAAACAAAUAAAUAUUUUUAACAGCCUUUGAA